AUGGCACUUCGCUGGUCUCCACGGGAUUGGCAAAGUCAUUGGCCUGGAUAUGAGACUUUGCAAGCACCCGCUGUGUCGCUGCCGGUCAUGCGGGCAUUUGUUCGUGCAAGUACGAUGGACCCGUGCGACAGAUGUUACAUCGGCAGCCUGAUGCUCAUUGCCGGCAUUGUGCAGAAACGACGUCAAAAACCGACGAAGCGCCGAUGCUCGCUUCAGCAGGCACCUCGUGAGGAUCCGGCACUCUACAAGAGGCUUGGAUUCUGCGUGUUGUCAUCGGCUCUCGCCCCAAACGUUGCCUCGGAGGUGCUGCACAGCUUCGAAUCAGCGUUGCCAGUCUGGGCGGCAGACAGCGACCUGCCCGUGGAGACGUACCUUCAAGUAGUCAACAAGUGGAGCCACUGGAACCCUGUGGUUGCGACGAUGGUCGAACGGAUCGCUCCCUUCUUGCGACCUCGGGUUGAGGAGGUCUUGGAGUCUGGGGCUUGGCCAGUGGGCGCCACCAUCUUCCGCAAGUCUGAGCAUGCGCCGCGUGGUACUCAUGCCCAUCAAGACUUGUCCUAUGCCUGGCGACCCGGGUCUCAACUCUUUAGCUGCACCACCUGGGUUGCGCUUACGCCCGCGGCGGCGUCGCCUCUACAAAUGUUGCCGGGCUCCCACAAGCACGGCAUUCAGGCAGCGGUUGAUUUUCUGGAUCCAGACUUUCAGGAUCGGGCCUGCAGUGAGGAGUGGCAAGAGGCGGUGACAGUCCAAGCAGAUGCUGGUGAUGCCAUCCUCUUCGACUCAAGGCUUUGGCACAGCGCCGCACCCUGUGAAGGUGGCUUGCGUGUGGCCCUGGCCAUCACCUGGGCCACACCAGCCGGGCCUGACGGGCCCACCCCCGGGCAGUAUCCCAGGUGGCCGAUGAGUGCUUUGCCACCUCCGGUGCUCAUUCCUCGCGGUGGCUUUGGCAUGGACACCGUUGGAUCUGAGCUGAAGGCGGCCCUGCGCUUUCUGCUGAAAACCACUGCACCCAUCACGUCUGCCGCGCAGCUCAUCGAAGGCCUCCUUGCCUCGCCCUCGCUGCUUGCCCGGCUACCCGAGCCGGCCCAGGCCGAGCAACUGCUCCGUCGGUACCUGGACAUGCGUAAGGCCGUGCUCCAGCACGGGGCAGCCGGACAGAACGGCCGACUCUUCGAGUCCCUCUACAGGACAGUGAUUCGCCCUGCGAGGUCUUUGCAGGCUUUGCAGCCCGGGCCUGGCAAUUCUAGCAAGUCCAGUGUGUCCAGUGUGUCCGGUGUCUCCGGUGGCGUUGAGGAGGUGAAGGCCUGGAUGCGGGAUUGGGCCACAAGGACACCGUCGGUCGAGGCUGUGGUGGUUUUCGGGUCUCAGGCUCGUGGAGAAGCGUCCCGGUGGAGUGACUUGGACCUUUGUGUGCUCGGGUCGGCGCCUGACUUGCUGGGCACCUUGGCACGUGAGCUGGAGGCAGACUGCUUGAAAGGACAUGGGAUUUGUUUGACGAAGUCUUCGGAGAAGCUGUUCGCGUUGAUCCCCAAGCCUGCUUAUGGAAUGGUCCGAGUGGACUGUUUCGUGGUGGAUAGCUUUCGCAAGGUCGACAACAUGUUGGUACCGAAGUCUGUCCUGAUGUAUGCCCGAAAGCCCGAGGCCGUCUUGCAAAAGCUUGAAGGCUGCCAGAAGCAGCCUUGCAUCUCAACGGAGCUGCAUGGCUUGCUUACCACAUUUCUGGAGGCUUUUGAGAGCGCGUCGACUAAGCUUCUCACAGGAGAUGACUACCAGCUUUACUUUCAGACCUUCAUCCUGUAUGAUUGCCUGGUCAAGCUGGAAUACUUGUUGCGUGGAGGGCGGAACUUCCUUUACCUUCCGAAGAACAUCAUGCAGCAGCUCUCCGACGAGUUGUUGUGCCUUGAACCCAGGACACAACAUCAACAAGCAAAGUGGGGUUUGGGCUCGAGGAGUCCUUUUCUGCUGGCUGCAUAUUUGCACCACUUCCAGAAGCUCCUGAGCGCUGUCAGCAUGGAUCCAGUAUUGUCUUCGUCUCUUCAUCGGACGCUGGAUCCUUCUCAGCUGCCCCGCAGCACGGAGGCGCUACGAUGGGUCCUACAACGGGGGGACCCCUUUCUGGUCCAGCCAGGCAUCUACUGCUCCAUGGCAGAGUUCAAGCAGGUGCCCCCCAAAAUGGCGAGGAGCGUGAUCGACUUGCACGAUGCUAGCGAGGUUAACGAUGUCAACAACCUGAAGGCCAGUCUCGACCAGGAAACUUGGUGGGUGGCCUGCCCGCUUCCCGGGGAGCCAGAGGCUUCAGGCGCACAAGCGCUUGGGAACUUCCUCAGGGCGCUUCUGGUGGCGGAUUUCCCUGUGGUCCUGCGCUGCCAGGACGGCAGGAGGAUGGCGGCUGUGGCGGCGCUGCUGCGUGUCAUGACUUCAGGAGAUCCCCAGGAGCUUCGCAGCAAAUGGCUGGAAGUCUGGGAUGUCUUGAAUGCUCUGGGCAUGCUCCAGCUGCUGCCCUGCCAGACCCACCUCACACAGCGCAGCGAAGCACCGAAGGUCAGCUGCGAUGGCUUUCUGGGCGCAAAGCUCGCUCUGGGCUGCGGGUUGAGUUUGGAUGAAUUUGAAGAACUACACAGGAAGGUCGCCGGCGCAAGGCCACCUGACUUGCCGCAAGUCACUUUCGCGCUGGAGCCCGGCAGUCCCAGAGAACCGUGCCGUCCGUUCACCGCCCACGAAGCCAAUCUUCUCUCCUGCCAUCUGCUUGCCAAGAAAUCCUCGAAGGCCAGACCUAUUGGAGUCUUUGUGACAGGGCUGCCGGCUGCUGGCAAAAGCACCUUUUUGGCGCAACUGUUGUCAGAUCUGGGCGUUGACCUUGAUGAGUGCGUGAACUUGGACAUGGACGGCGUCCGACGUUUCCACGCCCAGUACCAAGAGCAUGCCCAGGAGCUGCGCUGGUCCGACUUGGUGAGACCGAUGGAUGCAGUCAGCCCUGUACGGCUAGGGACAUCCUUGGGUCUUGCAAGUUGGUUCCCCACAAUGGAUGCGGAGAGGUUGCUCUACAGGACGUCAGACUCCGUGGUCUCCAGGCUGCUGGAACACAGAUACAGCUUCGUCCUGCCAGGCAUCUUUGAUCAACCGGAGACGCUGCAGUUCAUGAAGCAUGUCCGAGCGGAGGGAUAUGAGCUUCGCCUGGUGGGAGUCCACGUGCCUGUCGAUGUGGCUACAAAGCGAGCGGAAAGGCGAGCGAUUGCGUGCGGCCGAAUGAGCAGUGGUGGGUUGCGGGAAGCUGCAUUGCUCCAGGAGUUCCCAAAGCUAGCCGCCUGCGUGCAGCACAGCAGCGGCGUGGUGGCACUUUACGACAAUGGCGUCGACGCAUCCGGCCCACGCCUCCUCUACAAGAACGGCUUGAUGAAAGGCGAAGGCAAUCCGGAAGCAACUUGUCGCCGCUGGGGCUUGUGA